AUGGAGGACCUUAGUGGAGCCCGCAUGCCCAAGGCAUGUAGAACCUGUGCCAAGGCGAAGGUCCGAUGCGAGCCACAGUCAGAUGGUAUUUGCAAAAGGUGUCACCGAUUGAAUAAGGAUUGCAGCGACCAGGCACCAGGAUCCCAUCGUCGCCAAAAGGGCAACAAAACUAACAUUGAAGUCAGUGCAUUGGAAGCGAAACUGGACCGCAUGGUCGCACUGCUUGCAGCAUCGGAACGAUCCAGCAAGGAUCCCCAAUCUAACCCCAGCCACUCGCCAGACCCAUCAUCUUCGAUAAACCAUGAUGACAGCAAUGUGCCGAGUCAUCAAGAAGGCGAAGCUUUCAUAGAUGUAUUCAGAAACAGGAUGACUCCCUUAUUUCCAUUCAUUGCGAUACCCCCGAAUCUCACUGCGGAACAACUACGUCGAGAGAAGCCAUUCCUCUAUUUGAAUAUCACCAUGGUCGCCUGUCACGACUCGGCACGCCAACGUAACAUUGUGAAAGUAAUAAAGCAAUAUGUCGCAGAACAUAUAGUGUCCGAGGGUCAACAUAAUAUGGAUCUUUUGCAGGGUCUCCUUAUUCAUCUGGCUUGGUUCAUUUCGGUUCCUCGCAUGCCACCAAAUAGCCCACGAUCGGCAGAUCCGCUCUGUUCGACAAACAUCGACGGUGAGCAUCAAGUUCAGGCUCAGCUAAGUGGGCAGCUUGAUGUAAUCCUACAGCUGGCCGUGGCGCAAGUCGUCAGUCUCAACCUAAACCAAGGAUUAUCAGCUUUGAAAAGUAUGGAUCGACCAUUAUCUUACUUUCGAGGCACCGACUUUCUACCAAAUCAGAUCCCCCCUCGUACUUUAGAAGAGCGUCGGGCUUAUUUAGGAUGCUACUACGUCACCGUAAUAGCUUCAGAGUUUUCUACUGACCCCUAUCUCGUCCAACUGGUCCGAGUGAUGCAGCUAGCCGACAAGGUCUCCCGUGCUAUGUCUCUCAACGAAUUCGAAUCUUUUACUAGUAUCUCUGCGCCAUUAGGACUAACAAUACGGUCUUACGAAGCAGAGCUUCAGCAGCUCAAAAACUCCUUCUCAAGUGAGCUUCCAUAUUCAAUUUUCUUGUCUUUUCACUAUAACACAAUUGAGAUUAUUCUCUAUCGGAUAGCAUUGAAUGAAGAAGUCUCAGACCCUCAGUAUGGAGACUAUUCAACGACCAGAUUAGAUCUUCUCUUCCGCUGCUUGGAAUCAGCGAAGUCCUUCUUUCGUGAUCUCCAUCCCCUGCCACCGGGCUAUCUUCUUUUCUUUCCGUUCACGUUCUGGUGUCAAUUUGGUCAAGCACUGAUCACAUUGUCCCGCAUGGCCCUUUUUCAAGGUGAAAGUAUCGGCUGGGAUCAAGCCUAUGCUCGAGGAAGCAUCAACAUCAAUCAACUGGCUGAAUUAACGACGCAAAAGUUGAACGACGCCUAUGUUAUCUUCUUGAAAGAAUAUCCAACUAUCCGUUCUUCAGAUGAGCGGCCUGAGAUCCUUAAAAGGCUAGUGAUUAGAAUGUCAUUUAUUAAAGAGGUGCAUCGAAAGAGGCAGGAGGCUCAGGCGAAGGCCAAUUUGCAAAUACCGCAAGACCCGCCAGAUUUGAGCUUUUUAAUGGACAUGCCAAUUGAUGCAUAUUUUCCGUAUGGAAAUUACGGCGAAAUGCCGACUGCAUUUAUUCCUAUGGACUAUUCUUGA